UCUCUGGUUACACAGCAGACAAAACCGUUCACUGAGAGACAGAGACAGAGACAGAGACAGACUCUGACUGACUGACCAGUCUACCUUCUGCUAUGAUGCUGGAAUAACACAGAAUCCCUCUCUAACAUCUGCCCCAUAUUUAUUUGGAAGAUGUCUGGGAAACUCGAGAGUAAACAAGACUCCCAGCGCUCCAACCUUCAAACCUUCACAAUGAGGCUAAUAGACCGAUUUCACUCCCCCAAGCCAAAAAGAGUACAUUCAUCGAAGAAAGCAUCAAAGCCUUCAGUAGAGCGAAUAGUCAAGGCUCCCGAGAAGCAAGAAACUAAGAGUCUCAGCCGGUUGGAAGAGAAGGAGAAAGAAGUGGUCAGUGCCUUGCGUUACUUCAAGACGAUAAUUGAUAAGAUGGUGUUGGACCGGAAAGUUUUGGAAAUGCUUCCCGGCUCCGCCAGUAAAGUUUUGGAGGCUAUCGUGCCUCUAGUGCAAAUUGACGCCAAGAUUCUGAAAAGUUCCUCCGUGUCAUCCUGCCUCAACCGAGUGUAUCAGAGUCUGGCGAACCUCAUCCGCUGGUCAGAUCAGGUGAUGCUGGAGGGAGUGAACCUGGAAGAGAAGGACACUGUUGCAAAUGUAACCAGCAUCAUCAAAGCGGUGCUGGAUGGGGUGAAGGAACUGGUGAAGCUGGUCUUGGAGAAACAGCAGCUACCUUCCCCAACAUCACCCACAGCCAAAAGUGUCCCCUCAGUCAUCAGCUCAGAGAGUGUUCCGGAGCUUCCUGUUAUAGAGACCGAAGACGAGAGCUCCACAAACUCCUCUGCACUGAGUCAUUCCACCGAGGCCCUGACUGACGCCCCCUCCACCAAAGAAGCAGCGCCACCCAAACCCCCGCUCCCUGGCCUCAAAGUGCCCGAGCAUUGUCCCCCAGCUCUUCCUCCUAAGAAGCGCCAGUCAGCUCCGUCUCCUACCCGAGUCGCCGUCGUUGCUCCUAUGAGCCGUGCCACGAGUGGGUCGAGUCUUCCUAUCGGCAUCUGCAGACAGGAUUAUGAUGCAGAUGGUUUACAGCGGCGUUUUUCUGGUGGCAGUCACUCAUUCGGUGGCGAGUCACCGCGCGGCUCUCCCUGCGGCAGCAUGGGUAAACUGAGCAAGUCGGACGAGCAGCUGUCCUCUCUGGAGCAGGACAGUGGACAGUGCUCUCGCAACACUAGCUGUGAGACUCUAGAUACAGCAGAGAGCUACGACCCAGACUAUGACUUCCUCAGAGAGGACUUGUCCAGCGUGGAUCAGAUUCCUAUGCCGACCGGAAGCUGUCUCAGCCCUCUUCCCGAGUCCCAUCGGGAGCCAUCGUCCUCCCCGUGUCCAGGCCAGAUUCCGUACGGUUCUCCCGCUCUCAAUCAGUUCGUCACUCUUCCUCCUCCACACGCCUUCAUCACACCUCCUGCUCUGCCGGAAAAGAAGCGACGCAGCGGCAACCCUCAGACUCCCUUCGACAGUUUGGCGUCUCGAACCCCCUUCGAGCGCCUGCACUCCCACUACGACAACGUCACAGACGAGGAAAUGCCUGUGCCGCCGUUUCCUGUGUUCCCUCUUUUCGCUCCCAUAGUCGGAUAUGGGACGGACUUUGACGCGUCUGAGAACGCAUCUGUGCCUCAAUCUCCUCCACCUCUACCCGAGAAGAAGGCCAGACACAUCCUGAAGUACAUGCAGUUUGUGGAGGAUUACUCGGAACCGCAGCCAUCCGUCUUCUACCAGACGCCGCAGAGCGAGAGCAUCUAUGAGCAGCGCAACAGGCUCAUACAGGAAGUGUACGGCUUUAACGACUCGUUCAGCAGCAGUGACUCUGUGCACGAGCCCCUCCCUCCUCCAGCACUUCCACCCAAACAGAGGCAGCUGGCCUCCUCUCACUCUGCGUCUCCUUCCUCAUCCUCCUCUUCCUCCCUGUCGUGCCAGCUGCAGCCGGCCGGAGGCCCGGGUUCUGCUGAGGUGGACGCUGCUCUCAGUCUGUCCGCCUCGAGCUCCUCUCUGGGCUGCCCGGCUUCUCCCCCUGCCGCCACGAGCCAGAAUGCUAGUGACGAGGGUGGCGAGGGUGGGUACGUCAAUCUGUAUUCAUCCAGCCAAGCCAACGGAGACCUGCCACUCUCAAACGGUGACCCCAGCUGCGGCACAGAGGACUCGCUCCAGGACUCGGUCUCGGACAACAGCAAGGAGCCGACUGACUCGGACAGCUGGAAACAGAAGUGUGCAGACUCGGACCUGAGCUCGGAGGAGCUGGACGAGCUGUCCCUGGUGGAUCAUAAUGAGAUCAUGGCUCGCAUCACACUAAAACAAGAGAAUGACGAUGGACCAGAUGUUCGAGCGGGAUCAGGGGACAUUUUAUUAGUUCAUGCAACAGAAACGGAUCGCAAAGAUCUGGUUUUAUACUGUGAAGCCUUCCUGACGACAUACAGGACGUUUCUAACCCCAGAGGACCUCAUUAAGAAGCUCUACUAUAGAUAUACUAGAUUUUCUCACAGUUCAGACAACGUUAAGAAGCGAGUCAGCAAAAACACCUUCUUUGUGCUGGUGCGUGUUGUGGACGAACUUUGUUUGGUGGAGCUGACUGAAGACAUUCUGAAGCACCUGAUGGACCUGGUGGUCAGUCUGGUAUGUAGCGGGGAGCUCAGUCUGGCCCGCGUCCUCCGCAAGAACAUUCUGGAUAAAGUGGAGCAGAAGAAGCUGCUGAGCUACACUAACUCGUUGAAGCCGCUGGCCGCCCGCAGCGUCGCCGCCAGGCCUGGUACUCUUCAUGACUUCCGCAGCCAUGAGAUCGCAGACCAGCUCACUCUCCUGGACGCAGAGCUCUUCUACAAAAUAGAGAUCCCAGAGGUUCUGCUGUGGGCAAAAGAACAGAACGAAGAGAAGAGCCCGAAUCUCACCGAGUUCACAGAGCACUUCAAUAACAUGUCUUACUGGGUGCGUUCUCUAAUAAUCACGCAAGAAAAAGCCCAAGACCGAGAAAAACUCCUCCUCAAGUUCAUCAAAAUCAUGAAGCACUUACGAAAGCUCAAUAACUUUAACUCCUACUUGGCGAUUCUGUCGGCUCUGGAUUCAGCACCUAUUCGGCGACUGGAGUGGCAGAAGCAAACCUCAGAGGGUCUAGAGGAAUACUGCACUUUAAUCGAUAGCUCCUCGUCGUUCCGGGCGUACAGAGCAGCCUUGGCAGACGUGGAGCCUCCCUGUAUACCGUACCUAGGUCUGAUCCUUCAGGACUUAACUUUUGUGCACCUUGGGAAUCCUGACUACUUUCAAGGGAAGGUGAACUUUUCGAAACGCUGGCAGCAGUUCAACAUCCUUGACACCAUGCGGCGCUUCCAGCAAAUACAUUAUGAUCUCAAACACAACGAUGACAUCGUGUCCUUCUUCAACGACUUCAGCGACCAUCUCGCCGAGGAGGCGCUGUGGGAGCUGUCCCUCAAGAUCAAGCCAAGAAACAUCACGCGCCGCAAAACAGAGCGGGAGGAAAAGACGUAGGGCCUUCGCUCUUCAGCAGAACUCUGUUAAAGUGGAACUCAAGAAGUAGAAUUAAGCAAUUAAGGAGUGACCGUGACGGCAGCUAUGAGACCGCUGGGAACUGUACGUUUUCGGGUUUCCCCAAGUUUACAGGAGGUUUGGGAUCGCACUGCGUCUUGACCUGUGAAUAUUUGCAAAGGGAGAGUGCAGGACACAGAUGCGGGAGGGGUCAGUAAUCUGGACGCGUGACUCUACACACCUCCAACCAGUGACGUAAUUCCUGAGGAGAAGAAUGGCUCUUUUUUGUUGUUUCGUUUUAAAUAAUGCACAUAAUGACUGUUUACGACAGACUUUAGAAGGAUCGUCACGUCUCUAUUAUAACAGCAUUCGGCACUAGGUACACUUGGUAUUUAUAGACAGUACAUAUAAAAGGCACGAUUCAAAUUUCCACAGACUUUAGCACUUUACAUCCACGUAGGUACGUACAAACACCUUCGCUCAUGUCGCCCCGUCGAGACCACGUGACUUCUCGAACAGGUUUACCCAGAGCUCGAGCUCGCUGGACUGCUAAUACUGUCCUCGUGUUCCCUGUCAGGACUAACCCCCCCGCUCUCUGGCCGUGGAUCGUGAUAUGUGCUGUCUGGAAACAAAAGGCUUCGCACCACAUUACAUCAAGUCUUCCAGUUGUAUUUAUUUAAAAACGCGUCUACUUUUCAGAGAAAUCUAUCCUGUCUUGUGAAUUGUAUAGUUGUUUGCAUUAGUAGGUACAGAUUCCUAUAUUUCAUGUUUGUGAUUAGCGCUCGUACAAAGUCAUCCGGAUACAGCCGCCAAAGGCGCGUAGGAGUACUUUAUCUCUCUGUACUAUGGUUACAAAUCUCUCUCUAUUACAGUGUGUGCUCAUGACCUGAUACCAAGUGCCUACAGCUGUUCAAAUGGUGCAGUGAUUUGUCAUUUAUUUUUGUAUAAUGUUUCAUUAUUUUUUACGUUAAACGUUUUACACAGACACUUUGGAGGAGGCUCUCUCUCCGUCUCCAGCGGUAUGAAAAGUGUUCAAAUGUGCAAUUGAAACCGUUUGAACAAAGAAAAAAAGGUUACGAAGAGCUGGCACGCCCAGCACAGCCCUGUAUAGAAGACCAUAUGAAGGCAUUCUGUGAGGGUGGUGUAAGCUUUGUGAAUACCGGAAGGAGUCAUUUAUUAAAAUGAUCGAUGUGGAAUUAACGUCCCAGUCGGCGAUCAGGAUGACUUUCAGAAUGACAAAGUAGCUGUCUGUAGUUCCAACAUUUUUCUUCCAAAAAAAAUCUGCUCAUCAUUUUUGCUCUAAGAGAGUUUUUCUUAAAAACCCGGCUUCUGCUGUAAGACCUGCAUCAAGGCGGAGAUCUCGACUAGUCUUAAAGUUCCACAAGGUCACAUUCUCAAUUUAUUCUCCUGAAUUAUGAUAGGUUUAGAAAUACUUAACAUAAUCAAUCAUCAUCAAUUUAGUUUCAGACAUCUUAUUAAAAAAUAUAAUUCAUCAUUUUGCCAGGCAUUAGAUCUGGCUUAAAAUUUUAUUUUUUUUUCCUCACCCAGAAAUUAGCAUCCACCAGAAAUACCAGAAACUUUUCUCAUAAUAUCCACAAACAUCAGUAGAGUGUGGAGGGGAAAAAUUGAUGAAGAUUUUCAUUGCAAAUGAAGCAAAUACUUCCUGCUCCUUGAAACUACGACUAUAAACACUGAUCACUUUAAAAGGAUCACAUUUGCACAUCUGGUUGGUCAUGCUAUUGUCUGAUGUAUAAAAAUACAGGUCCUGAACCAUUCUCAUCAGCCCUCUCACAUCAGCACGGCAUUUUCAUGGAUCUGGACGAUUUCUCAGCUCUAGGGCUUCUGUGCCGUAAACUUUCGAGACUGUUGUGUGUGAAAACAGCUUCCCUAUAUGGUUUGAGGUUAACGUUAAUUGAAUCUCUUGACCUCCGUGAUUUUAUACGUUUAUGCAUAUGAUGGUUAAUUCCAUGAAUGAGCAGGUUUACAGACAUUUCUGUUAUCUAUCUAAGUCGUAGCUAGUAUUCUGGCUGCUGCACCAGCUCUAAUUUGCUGUUUGCACCAAAAAGACCAAGAAGGGGUUAUUGGACACUCUCUAUAGUCAGCAAAUUUGUAAAUGCAGAGCAGUGAUUUAUUGAGCGGUGCAUCAUUACCCACAAUGUUUAAGUUUAGCUUUAACAGUUGAGGCUCUGAGUUGUUGAGCAGAAGGAUGGGAGAUUAAACCUCAGCACGGCCAAGCUGCCACUGUUGGGCCAUUGAGUAAGACCUUGAACUCUCUCUGCUCCAGGCUGCUGUAUGUGCUCUGACCCCAGCUUCCUAAGCUGUAAUGUGUAUGUGACAAAUAAAGGCUUCUUCAUGCA